GUAGCGAUGACGUCGCGGGGGCUUGGCCGGGCGUCGCGGACUUGGGAGAUGGAGGAAAAGGAGAUAUUACGGCGGCAGAUCCGUCUCCUGCAGGGUCUAAUUGAUGACUACAAAACCCUCCAUGGCAAUGCCCCAGCCCCUGGUACCCCAACAGCUUCUGGGUGGCAGCCACCCACUUACCACAGUGGCAGGGCCUUCAGUGCCCGCUACCCUCGUCCAAGCCGGAGGGGCUACUCCUCACACCAUGGGCCUUCGUGGCGCAAGAAAUACUCCCUCGUGAAUCGGCCCCCGGGACCCUCAGACCCACCUGCCGACCCUGCUGUGCGGCCGUUGCACGGGGCCCGGGGGGGCCCGGCUCCUGUCCCGCAGCAGCGCAUCCUUGGGAGACAGGUCCAGCUCAAUCAAGGUCAGAACGUGGUCAUCAAAGUUAAACCACCAUCAAAGUCUGGCUCUGCCAGUGCUUCAGGGGCCCAGCGGGGCUCUUUGGAAGAAUAUGAGGACACCCCCUGGAGUGACCAAAGGCCCCGGGAAGGUGAAGGUGAGCCCCCUCGGGGACAGCUGCAGCCCUCGAGACCAGCAAGAAUCAGGGGGACCUGCAAUGUGGAAGAUCCUCUUCUGGUCUGCCAGAAGGAGGCCGGUAAGCCCAGGGUGGUGAAAUCAGUGGGCAGUGUGGGCGACAGCCCCCGGGAGCCCCGCCGGACAGUCAGCGAGAGCGUGAUUGCCAUCAAGGCGAGCUUCCCAUCCUCCGCUCUGCCCCCACGCACUGGCGUGGCCCCCGGCCGGAAGCUGGGUUCUCAUUCCGUGGCCAGCUGUGCUCCACAGCUCCUUGGGGACAGGAGAGUAGAUGCUGGCCACACAGAUCAGCCAGUUCCGUCAGGCUCAGUGGUGGGCCCAGCCAGACUGGCCUCAGGACCCAGGCAGGCUCGGGAGGCCUCGCUGGUUGUGACCUGUCGAACUAACAAGUUCCGGAAAAACAACUACAAAUGGGUGGCUGCCUCCGCGAAGAGUCCCCGGGCUGCUCGGAGGGCCCUCAGUCCCAGAGUGGCUGCAGAGAAUGUGUGCAAGGUCCCUGCUGGCACGGCAAACAAGGUGGAGAAGCCGCAGCUCGUAGCUGACCCAGAGUCCAAGCCCAGGAAGCCAGCCACGUCCUCCAAGCCAGGGUCUGCCCCCAGCAAGUACAAGUGGAAGGCCUCCAGCCCCUCUGCCUCCUCCUCUUCCUCCUUCCGUUGGCAGUCAGAGGCCGGCAGCAAGGAUCAUGCCUCCCAGCUCUCCCCAGUCCUGUCUAGGUCCCCGCCGGGGGACAGGCCAGCCGUAGGACUCAGUGGCUUGAAGCCCGUCUCUGGGGAGACCCCGCUUUCGGCUUACAAAGUGAAGAGCCGCACCAAGAUCAUCCGGAGGCGGGGCAGUACAAGCCUUCCUGGAGACAAGAAAGGCAGCCCCGCACCUGCCACCACCGCCAAGAGCCACCUCAGCCUCCGGCGGAGACAGGCCCUCCGGGGGAAGAGCAGCCCUGUCCUGAAGAAGACCCCCAACAAGGGCCUGGUACAGGUCACCACGCACCGACUGUGCCGCCUGCCUCCGAGCCGGGCCCACCUCACCACCAGGGAAGCAUCCAGCCUGCAUGCCGUGCAGACGCCACCCACCAGCAAGGUGAUCAAGACCCGCUACCGCAUUGUCAAGAAGACGCCGGCCUCGCCUCUCAGCGCCCCGCCCUUCCCCCUGUCUCUGCCCUCCUGGCGGGCCCGGCGGCUCUCACUGUCCAGGUCCCUGGUGCUGAACCGUCUGCGUCCAGUUGCCAGCGGGGGUGGGAAAGCCCAACCGGGCUCCCCUCGGUGGCGGAGCAAAGGGUACCGCUGCAUCGGAGGGGUCCUGUACAAAGUAUCUGCCAACAAACUCUCCAAGACCUCCGGCCAGCCCGGCGACGCGGGCAGCAAACCCCUUCUCCGCACAGGCCGGCUGGAUCCUGCAGGCAGCUGUAGCCGUUCCCUGGCCAGCCGGGCUGUGCAGCGCAGCCUGGCCAUCAUCCGGCAGGCACGGCAGCGGAGGGAGAAGAGGAAGGAGUACUGCAUGUACUACAACCGCUUCGGCAGGUGCAACCGCGGCGAGCGCUGCCCUUACAUCCAUGACCCUGAGAAGGUGGCCGUGUGCACCAGGUUUGUCCGGGGCACCUGCAAGAAAACGGAUGGGACCUGCCCCUUCUCCCACCAUGUGUCCAAGGAGAAGAUGCCGGUGUGCUCCUACUUCCUGAAGGGCAUCUGCAGCAACAGCAACUGUCCCUACAGCCACGUGUACGUGUCCCGCAAGGCUGAGGUCUGCAGCGACUUCCUCAAAGGCUACUGCCCCCUGGGUGCAAAGUGCAAGAAGAAACACACGCUGCUGUGCCCCGACUUCGCCCGCAGGGGGGCGUGUCCCCGCGGCGCCCAGUGCCAGCUGCUCCACCGCACCCAGAAACGCCACAGUCGGCGGGUAGCCACGUCCCCUGCCCCAGGGCCCAGCGACGCAGCUGCCAGGAGCAGGGCCUCGGCCAGCCACGGGCCCAGGAAGCCCUCGGCAGCCCAGCGUCCCAUCAGGCAGACGCCCAGCUCCCCUGCCCUCACUGCAGCUGCGCUGGCUGCACCUCCCCGCUCCCCAUGGGGGUCAGCCUCUCCCUCAUCCUUGAAGGCUUCCUCCUCCUCUUGUUCCUCCUCCUCCUCAUCCCCUCCCGCUUCCUUGGACCAUGAGGCACCAUCUCUCCAGGAGGCCGCCUUAGCAGCGGCACGCUCCAACAGGCUCUGCAAGCUGCCUUCCUUCAUCUCCCUGCAGUCCUCACCGAGCCCAGGAGCCCAACCCAGGGUCCGGGCCCCCAGGGCCCCCCUCACCAAGGACUCAGGUAGGCAGCGUGACCUGGCUCAAGCACAGGGGAGUUUUAAAUGCCCACCUCAGACCACCACGUCAGAAUCUCCAGGUGGGGCCUGGGUGAGUCCCGCAGGCGCCAGGGGUGCACCUGCCAGCCCUGGGGCAGGGCCAGCCAAGGUGCGAGUGUAGCAGUGGCCGCUGUGCAGUCCGCCCCAGCUGAGGGCUGAUUUAAUUAGAAAGCACCCAUUUCUGUUAAUUUGUUCUGGAAGAUCACCACGCACUCCUGGAGAGAACAGAUGUUCCCUCUCCCCCGAUGAGCAUUUGGGGCUUGGUAAAUGGCUCCACUCAGCCUUGUUUAGGAGAGAAAAGAGGAUUUUAUGGCUGCAAACGACCCUUUCUGUAAACAUUUUACAGCUCUCCGCGCGUUUGAGUGACGAUAAACCCCACGCAGCUCGGCGGGCUGCAAAUUUGCGACCAUACGGCUAUCAUUUUAUUGUCAUAUUUCACGGUCGUAACGUUAAUGGAAGAUGCUUGCUGCAGCCUUCUCCAACAGCUCCGCUGAGCACGCUCAAACGCCUGCCUCGGGGGGCCGCCUCCUGUUCACAGCCUUCACAUCAGGGGCAUGGAACCGUGGCCAGACCCUCUGCCCCACGAGACCUGGGCACCCGCUCCCUCCAUCUGGGUGGGCCUCUCUGGGUUGGGGGAGCAGAUGGGGCCCCGAGGCAGCCACUAUUUUUUUUUUUUUUUAAAGAUCAGGAACCUAGCAGCCAGUUCCAGAGCCAAUGGAGGUGGGCAGGGUGCUGAGGGGUCCAGUGUGCAGCUUGGGUGGGGCCCUGGAAAGGCUGCAGAAACCUCCCCUGCUUGGCCAUGGCCAGGAGCUCCGGCAGGUGGAGGUGCCUGGGACAGUCUCUGGGCAGGAAGCUGGAGCUGCUACUGGAGCGGCCACCGCAGGGGCAGGCUGAGAGGGCAGAGCCUGUGUAGUCUGUAGCCUGGGCCCUGGCUGCUGGGCCCAACUCAACUGUGCGUGGGUGAGCGGGCUCAUCAGCCCUGAAGAGGGGCACCUGGGCAGGGCCAGUCCUGUGGGCAGCUACACGGAGGCAUCUCUAUUCAGCGGGCCACCUCGGUGCCUGUCAGGUGGUCUGGAGAUCUGGGGAGGGAGGAGAGGCGCUGGCACCCAGUGAGUGAACAUUCAUGGGGCAGGAGCCCCUGGGCUUCCCCACUGUGGGGAACUGCUCCCUCCUACGCUGCCUGCCUCCAGGCCCUGCCCGCCUCACCCUGGGGCCUCUGCUCUGCUCCUGCCCCUCCCCGCCACAGCUCAUGUGCACCCCGACUUGCCACAUGGAAGGUGUAUCGUGGCCGCCUCACGUGUCUGGCAGCCUCACUGAUUGUGCGGGGUUGUCUGGUGCUGUGUGCGCCAGUACUGACGGCUCACCCUGUAGACCUUGGGGCCGGGACUGCUGCCCGCCCAAGAGGACCCUUGGACUGUAGGCAGAAGCCUCAGUUGACCUCAUAGACUGAGCCUGCACCAUGGCUAGACAGCCACAGAGGCUCACCAGGACCCGUUGGCAGCAGGGGGCAGAAGCUGAGGCCUGUGGCCUGACUGUACUCCUCUCUCUAGAACUCGGGGGGGUGUCUGCAGACCCUGCCAUGUGUGUUUAGGCUGACAGAACUCCCCCGUCCUGAGCCCCUGACCAGGAGCUUUGCAGGCUGGGAGGUUCUUCGGGGGUUUCCUGGCACCUGACUUUUGCCCUCUCUACAUAGGGAAGCCUCUGCACAUCAAACCGCGUCUGUGAGGACCCCAGGAACCGGCCUGCACCUACCUCAGACCCUCAUCCUUGGAGAGGAAAGAGGCUCUGUCUGCCACUCUGUCCCAGAGGAGGGCCGCCCGCCACCAAGCCUCACCUGGGGGCCACAGGGACACUGCUCUGCCUGCCUGGCCCUCAACCUUCCAUGACCAGCGUGUGCCCAGGGCCUGGUCUUCCUCCCCCAAGCCGGGCCCCUGUCCCCACCCCACCGCCCUCCAGGGUGCCAGGCAGGGCUGGCCUCCAGGCCUGUCCCCGACUGCCAUUGGCAACAGUGGCCCUGCAGCCCCCCAGCCCUCCCCACCCAGGUCUUCGGCCCAGUGAAGAGGCCACUGGCCGGGCCUCCCAGGCAGGUGUUUUAUGUUCAGCAAUAAAGGUUCUGUCCGUAA